AUGCUCGCUGUUUCGAGCCGCUCUAGUCCUUACCAGGCACGGCUAGCAUACCACUGCACAAGGACCUUGCAUUCAACCGCGGCCAGCUAUUCGAGCCCCUCCGACUUCCGCUCCAGUUUCUCUGGCCAAGGCUUCACUGGUUAUUACGAGCCAGGCGAUACCGAAGGUCCCCUACGGAAAGCCUCUAACAUCGGUGCCCCAAAGAUCACUCCACGCGCCCUCAAGAAGCAUCUAGACCAAUUUGUCGUCGGCCAGGAGAGAGCGAAGAAGGUCCUCAGCUCCACCAUCUACAAUCACUAUCAGAGAAUACAAGAGAUUCAGCGUCAGCAUGAAGAAGCACAAGAGAUACUCGAACGUCAGGCCAGGCGAUCGAGACAUCCCACAGAUGAGUUCCCCGGCCAUCACGCCACGAUACACGCUUGGGUCCCACCCUCUCCACCUCCAUCACCUUCCCUCGACGAUUCAUCUCCCCUGACCAUCGAGAAGUCCAACAUCAUGCUGCUUGGCCCAUCAGGAGUUGGUAAAACACUCAUGGCAAAAACACUGGCUCGCGUGCUCGACGUACCAUUUAGCAUGUCCGAUUGUACUCCGUUUACACAAGCUGGCUACAUCGGCGAGGACGCAGAUGUAUGUGUACAGCGCCUCUUAGCCGCCGCAAAUUACGACGUUGAAAAGGCCGAACACGGAAUCAUCUGUCUCGACGAGAUCGACAAAAUUGCCACAGCCAAGGUGUCGCAUGGCAAAGACGUUGGUGGAGAAGGCGUGCAACAGGCACUGCUCAAGAUUAUCGAGGGCACCACUCUGCAAAUACAAGCCAAGCAAGAAAGAGGGAACAACACAAAUCGCAACAACAACCACUAUCCGAACAGUUCACCUACAAACAGCCCGCUGAGUAGUGGUGGCGCUGCUGGAGGCAUGGGCCAGGCACCGGGCAAGAGCGAGGUCUUUAAUGUGAACACAAGCAAUAUUCUAUUCAUAUGCACAGGUGCAUUCAGUGGUUUGCACAAAACGAUUCUUGAUCGUGUAGCAAAAGGAGGCAUCGGGUUUGGUGCCAAUGUGCGUUCAAGCACAGCUCAAGAUGGUGGCGCCCAAGAAACAACCAUCACGGAUGACGACGAAAUGAUUCGUAAACAUCUCCCUUAUUACAUGCCACCAGCUUCCGAGGAGGACUUAUACAACCCUACCCAGAAAAGCAAGAAGGCCACAUACAACGUCUUGGACCUCGUUGGGCCGCAGGAUCUGCAAAAGUAUGGCAUGAUACCUGAGCUAGUCGGCCGCAUACCGAUCUCUUGUGCACUAUCCGCGCUGGACGUGGAUGCUUUGGUCAAGGUUUUGACAGAGCCGCGAAACUCGUUAUUGAAGCAAUACGAACAGCUCUUCCGACUUUCAUCAAUAGAGCUGAGAAUCACAACCGCCGCCCUUCACGCGAUCGCAGAGACUGCUUUCAGCAUGGGCACUGGUGCUAGAGGUCUCCGAACUGUAAUGGAGAGGCUUCUCGGAGACAGCAUGUUCGAAGCGCCUGGCUCAGAUAUUAAGCAUAUUGCCGUAACUGAGGACGUAGCAAAGAGGAACUCGCCAGCACUUUACUUCACUCGAGAUGGCAAAACGAGAUUCCAUUCUCUCAUUGCUAGAGAGGAAGAAGAAUGGGAAGACCGCAAACGCGGUGAAGAGCCCAUGGAAAGUGACUUUGAGCGCAGAGCAAGAGCGAACAGCCGCGGCGGACAUGCGACGACCUUUGAAGAAUAUCGUCAGAAGACCACUGCUGCCGGGUUCACGUAG